UUUACAAAGAUAAUCUGUGGCAAAAAUUGUUGUGAGUCAGGCGAUUUAUCGGCGUUUUAUUUUGCUUUUUUCCAACAAUUCGGCUUCUUUAUUUCGUGUAGGAGUUAGUACAAAUAAUGUAAAAUGGCCAUAAAUUUAGAUAAACACAAGGAGGCGUUAAUCGCAGGGUGGAAGGACGUAUUAGACGAGAAAACUGAUACUAACUGGGUCCUAUUUGGCUAUGAUGGACAGUCAAAUGACUUGAAAUUUAUUGAGAAAGGAGAUGGAGGUUUGGACGAGCUUAUUGAUGAGUUCAACAGUGGCAAAAUACAGUAUGCAUUUCUGAAGGUAGACCAACCGAAUGGGAGCUUAUCGAAAUAUGUGCUUAUCAACUGGCAAGGGGAAGGAGCGCCGACGGUCCGCAAAGGUACAUGUGCGAAUCACAUAAAACAUGUAGCCAAUUUCUUCACUGGUUUCCAUUUGACGAUGCACGCCAGAACAGAGGAUGACCUUGAUGAGAAGGUCAUUCAGGAUAAGCUUGCUAAGGCCGGAUCAGCGUUCAAUUUCAAGACCAGUCGGCCUGAGGAGUUGCCUCCAAGUGGACCCGUCGGCACUGUCUACCAUAAAGUUAACCCAGUUCAAGAAAUAAAUUCUAAAGAGAGGGACCAGUUUUGGCUGAAGGAGGAACAAGAGGAGAAGAAGCGCGUGGAAGCCGAGAGAAAACGAAGAGAGGAGGAGAAGAGGAAAGCAGAGGAAUUAGCGAGGAGAAGAGAUGAACUCGAAGCGGAGAGGAGAGCUAAAGCGGAACAAGACAAGUCACUAAGUCCCGAUGCAGUGCCAGGCGGUACUACGAGCGAAGCGCUCCGCCGGCAGCGCUCGGCCGAGGCGCGACAACUCAUCGGCGCCUCCACCGCCGCCGCACGCGCACUGUUCCAACAGAACCUCGCGCAGGGACAGAUGCCCGCCAGAACAAACAACAACACACCAGAGAAGCCAGUCCGCAGUUCGGUGAUAGCGCAACGCAUAAACACAUUCACACAAGCGCAAUCCCCACAAUCAUCCCCAAUCAAAUCGCCAACCAAACUCGAGCCCAAACCAAUACCACAGACAGAAGAACAACCAAAGACAAGCCCGCUUAAAAACAUAGACAAAAUCAAAAUGAGUUUGGAGAGUCCGUCACAGAUACAAUAUGAACCGAUCAUAGAUCCAGCAGACUUGAGUCCAUCGACGGAAAACGAUCCAGGAUCAUUUAGUGCCAUUAAUUAUGCUGAGACGAAACAGGAGAAUUCUUAUAGAGAUAUUGAGCCCUUGAAACAGAGUGAGCCGAUGAUUAAGCAGAAUAUUUUGGAGAAUGACAUGUUUGACGCGUCAUACUCUAGUUCUAACGAGAAUGACGAUGAAGACAGUGACAAUAAAUUCAGUACUAUUAAACGGUCGCCGUACAGUAAGAAUAAUAUUACAGAUGAUAAUGAUCGCACCGAGUUGACCCGUCAGAAUACUGUCAUAGAGAAUGUUAAUUUCAAAAAGGAUACUAACGGGACCACGCUUGAUGACGUAUCACCGGAGGGCAUGGAGGACGAGGGCGCGAUAUACGAGGACCUGGAUGAUGACCCCGGCCUCACUGCGCGCGCGUUGUAUGACUACCAAGCCGCGGACGAAUCAGAGAUCACAUUUGACCCCGGCGACAUUAUCACCCACAUAGAACAGAUUGACGCCGGCUGGUGGCAAGGACUUGGACCUCAUGGGGUCUUUGGCCUCUUCCCUGCUAACUAUGUUGAGCUACUGCCCUGCCAACCCCGUUAAGAUCAAGGUGUGAUGUUUAUUUAUUUGGUGGAAAUAUCUGUAGGCUUCUAGAGUCCCAGUUAAAAUAUUAAACUUUGAUUUGAAACUUUAUUUUUUAUUCUCUAAAUGAUGACAAUCACGAGUAUACACUUGUAUCUCUUGAAAUACUAUAGCAAAACUUUAGCCUGAAGUUAGUUGCUGUGACAGCUGUCAUUGUUAUACGCUCGAACUUCAGAUUGCUCAUAAUAGUACUGGGAUAUAGAAUUCUAAAGUAGCGUUUAAUUUUGUAUAGUCGAAAGUGAUCCUACAAUAUUUACAGCUAUUUUUUGUCCAUGUAAUGUUAAAUAUCUACAGAUAUUUCCGCCAAAAUUGUCAUAUUUAGAUUACCAAUUAAUAAUAUUAUCAUCCCUUUAUGACCAUUGAAAUUGUUAUACCUUAAAUAAAUGAAAGACAUUGUAUUGUAUGGCACUAAAAGUAUGAUGUGAAUUGAAUUAUGUAUUGUAUAUGUGAAUUGUGUGCAUGUGUGGGUAGUACGAUGAUAAUGUUAAUUAGUAAACAGUUGUUUCAUUAAUUUUAUUUCGAUGACCUAAGUCAGGGCUGUCCGUCGCGGAGAACCUAACGGGUAACCGGGGCUCCGG